UGCGUCGUCGCCGGAGAGGGCGGAGUAUACGUACGGGGAUGGGGACCAGCUGCUUGCCGGCCCAUGUGCCGCUGCUCACUGUCUGGCAACGCUAGCUCUGCCUCGUCUCGCGACUUGAAUGCAAUGCAGAGGCAGCUGCGAUUGAUCCCGCACUGACCUCGAUCGAUCCGCAUCCGCCUCCCCUCACCCUCGAUCCGCAUUAACUGCUUCCAGCUUCCAAAUCCCAAUCCCCAUUACCCAAAUCCAAAGCCGACCGAAACUACUAGAGCCAGAGGAGAGAGAAGCAGCAGGGAGAGAAGGUGGCGGGAGCGCUGCUCGGCGGCGGGUGAGUGGGGGAAUGGGGGAGGCGGGGAGGUCGCUGGCGGAGACGCCGACGUGGUCGGUGGCCACCGUCACCACGCUCAUGGUCGCCGCCUGCUUCCUCGUCGAGCGCUCCCUCUCGCGCUUCGCGAAGUGGCUCCGGAAAACGAAGCGGAAGGCCAUGCUCGCCGCGCUCGAGAAGAUCCGCGAAGAACUGAUGCUGCUCGGCGUGAUCUCGCUGCUGCUGAGCCAGACGGCGCACUGGAUAUCAGAAAUCUGUGUGCCAUCGAAGGUGUUCACCAGUCGAUUCUACAUUUGCUCGGAGAACGACUUUGAUGACCUACUGCAGAAUGAGGAGGCGAACCAGACAUCUCUUGCGAACCACAUGCUUGGUGGUCAGGCAAUGCAUGUUUGUAGUGAGGGCCACGAACCUUUUGUUUCGUACGAGGGCCUUGAACAGCUGCAUCGGUUUUUGUUCAUUCUUGGUAUCACUCAUGUAUUAUACAGUUUUGUAACUGUUGUUCUGUCCAUGAUUAAGAUAUAUAGCUGGAGGAAAUGGGAAACCCUAGCAGGUCCAAUCGCUGCUGAGGAGUUGAAAGCUAGGAGAACUAAGGUGAUGCGAAGGCAGUCUACCUUUGUUUUUCAUCAUGCUUCUCAUCCAUGGAGCAAAAAUAAAAUACUUAUUUGGAUGCUGUGCUUUCUGCGUCAAUUCAAGGGCUCCAUCACAAGAUCAGAUUAUUUGGCAUUGAGGUUGGGCUUUGUCACAUAUCACAAGCUACCACAUUCAUAUGACUUCCACAAAUACAUGGUACGGAGCAUGGAAGAUGACUACAAUGGGACUAUUGGUAUCAGUUGGCCACUUUGGGCAUAUGCUAUCAUAUGCAUAUUAAUCAAUGUUCAUGGUAUCAAUAUAUAUUUCUGGUUAUCUUUUGUUCCUGUUAUUCUGGUCCUUCUAGUGGGUACUGAACUCCAGCACGUGGUCGCUCAGUUGGCUCUGGAAGUUGCUGAGGCAACAGCGCCUUACGUUGGCACACAACUCAAACUGCGUGAUGAUCUCUUUUGGUUUGGAAAACCUCGGGUGCUCUGGUGGCUUAUACAAUUCAUUUCAUUUCAGAAUGCGUUUGAGAUGGCAACAUUCCUAUGGUCUCUGUGGGAACUGAGUUCAGUACAAUCCUGCUUCAUGAAGCACAAUUACAUGGUUGUCAUCCGCUUGAUUUCUGGGCUGCUAGUUCAGUUUUGGUGCAGCUGCAGCACACUGCCCCUAAAUGUGAUUAUUUCUCAGAUGGGAUCCAAGUUCAAGAAGUCAUUGGUUUCAGAAAACGUGAGGGAAUCGCUCCACAGCUGGUGCAAACGGGUGAAGGACAGGAGCAGGCACAACCCGCUCUUCUCGCGGAACGGCACCGUCACGUCGAGGUCCGUCUGCUCCCUCGACACCACCUACGAGACCGAUCACGAGACGAACACGGUGUGCACGCUGUCGAGGACCGCGUCGGCGUCGUCGCUGGACGACCAGCUGACCGUGGCCACCGUCGACGACGAGCCAUCGUUCAUGGAGAAGGAUGUUUGACAUCGUUGCUGGUUUGGUGGCCCGGCACCCCGUUGUUCACCGAAACCACGCCUGUGUAUUUGGAGUUAGGACUCGGUUGAUCCUGGAAAAAGAGUGCGUUGAACUGAAGAGAAAAGUGGACACUGCAUGUAUAUGUAUGUAGUUAUUGCCCCUCAUGACAACCAAUGAAUCGCUCUCAAUUGAGAGAAGCUGGAGGGGGUGUUUGGAAUGGGGGGUCAUUCCAGGACUUCUUAAGAUUUUAACUAAGUUUACACUAAAAACCUAAACAAGCCCUUAAAUUC